AUUGCAUCAUGGCCCAACCAAAACCACUCUUCAUGCCCUGGUUGAAUGAACAAAUCCAGAGUGGACGUUAUCCCGGGGUGUGUUGGAUCAAUAAAGAACAAAGACAGUUCAGCAUUCCAUGGAAGCACGCUUCAAGACAGGACUCCAACAGUGAUGAUGUCCUCAUAUUCAAGGCGUGGGCUCAGACGAGCGUCGCUGGAGAUGGCAGGAUCAACGGAGAUCCCUCUGUUUGGAAGAGAAACUUCCGUAGCGCUCUUCGUGUUAAAGGCUUCAAGGUUAUAUUUGACAACAAGAACGAUGGCGCUAAUCCACAUAAAGUCUAUCAGUUUCCAUCUGAACCUCAUUCUGCGGCUUCAGGAUCCGAGGGCUCUCAAGAGACUGAUUUUUCACCAGAACUGUGUGUUGAGGAGAGCGACAUGUUCAUUACACAUCCACCUCAAGGUUUGGAGCAAGAUUUCACGGGACUAAAUCUUCAGGAAAGUCCCUCACAAGUUCAUGAAGUCUGGAAUCCAGAUCAGAUAUAUCUGGGGCUUGAAGAACAAAUACUCUUUCAGGAACCCAAUCCAUGUCCAGAAUCCCAGUAUAAUGAGUUCCAUUACCAAAUAUUGGACACUCGUGAACAGUUUCCUUCAGCUGAGGGUGCAGUCGGUGGUUUGGGGCAGAUUCCGGCGUCUGAGGGGGCGACGGCUGCGGGUCAUCAUCCCCCAGAAUAUCAACCAGAGGGCGAAGGAGAGGGUCAUCAGGCUACCGUUCCUGUGAUAUCACUGGAGACUUUUUUUCAGAUAAAGGUUUUUUACAAAGGGAAGAUGGUGAAAGAAGAGUUGGUGGAGAAUGCCGCUGGUUUCAGACUGAUGUAUCAGGGAAACAUGGACGAAUCCAUGGGCAGUGCUGAUCUUCCAGUGGUCACACUACCUGUUCCUGAAGGUAUUCUGGAUCAGAUCCAGGCCAAGCAUACGAACGACAUUCUGAAUAAUCUGGGUGGUCUGGAGAUUAGGAGAUUGGACGGCGUGGUCUGUGGUCACCGUUGGGGAUCAAGCAGGAUCUAUUGGGGUCCAAGCAAACAUGAAAAUGGCCAAAGACCCAGAGAGCUCGCCAAAAACACACCUGAAGCCGUCUACUACUUCAAAGAUUACAUAUCAGGUUUGAUGGCCUUUAUGCAGACAAACUGCGAAUCUCCUUCUUACGCUCUUUACUUCUUUCUGGGAGAGAAGUGGCCCGACCCCAAAAUGAAGCCUUGGGAGAAGAAACUCAUCAUGAUUGAGGUUAUUCUGACUUCACUGGAGCAAUUGAAGAUGAUUGCUUUAGCAAACGGGGCAUCUUCUCUGCAGUCGGUGGAGCUCCAGCUCUCUCUGGAGCAAAUGAUGGAGCUGUGUUAGAAAGAUCUCCUAUGACCGAGCAGAAAGACUUGACUGCACACAUAUAGGACUCCUAAAUUAAAAUGAUUUCUUAAAGGGGUCAUAUGAUGCAAUAUCUUUCUUUUUUUCACUUUGGAGUGUUACAAGCUCUUGGUGCAUAAAGACGAUCUGUAAAGUUGCAAAGGCUAAAGUCUGAAAUCGAAAGAGAUAUUCUUUAUCAAAGUUAAGACUCUGCCAUGCCCCCCUUAAAUGGCUCAAUUAAACACGCCCCCACAUCUCUACAUCACUAUGUGGAAGUAUUUGUGUAAUACUGCCCAAAUGUUCACACAAAGAAAGACGGCGUGGUUUCAGUAACACAGUUAGUGUUGAAGCUGUCAUGUCAGGUAGAUAUGUGUA